AUGGACCACCCCAAGGUCAUGGACGACGAAAAGCAGCUCUACGUUACUCGCACCAAGUCCGUCACGGGUAACAGUAGAUCGUCCCUAUCUUCAUACUCGUCACGCGUGUCAUCCGGCACCGCGCGCGAUGCUCGCAGCGGCCAUGGCGGCAGCGAGCAACAGAACCCGACAACGGCCCUGAAUUUCGACUUUGACCCUCCUGACGGCGGAUGGCGAGCGUGGUCCCAGGUGCUUGCCGCCAACCUCGCCAACGCGGUAUCCUGGGGCUACGCUGCCACAUUCGGGGUAUACCAGCUUUACUACGUUGACACGCUGGGCUUGGAGUCGUCAAAAGCAUCUUGGAUUGGGUCUGUUCAAGUCUUUCUUGCAUUUAUUGUCUGCGGCCCAUCCGGCCGCAUUGCCGACGCAGGCCACGCCCACGAGAUCAUCAUCGUGGGCUGUUUCUUUGUUGUACUAGGCUCUUAUAUGACUAGCUUCUGUUAUGAAUACUGGCAAAUUAUGCUCGCCCAAGGAAUCUGCACGGGCAUUGGGCUCGGUGUCAUCUCUACUCCCGCUGUUGCCAUAACCAGCUCGUACUUCAGCACACACAGGUCACUAGCUCUGUCCAUGUCCGCCAUGGGAACCUCGGCCGGCGGCGUCAUCUUCCCGGCCAUAGUGCAGUACCUGAUUCCGCAGAUAGGCUUUGGCUGGGCCACCCGAGUCGGAGCUCUCGUCGCGCUGGUACUCUGCAUAGGCGCCUGCGUGCUCCUGAAGCCGUACAUCCCGGGGCGGAAGACGGGCCCCUGGGUCGAGUGGGCGGCGUUCAAGGAGGUCCCCUACGCCUUGUUUGCCGUCGCCUCGUUUCUCAACUUUUACGGCAUGUACUUUGGCCUUUUUUACAUCAACAGCUUUGCGCGCAACGUCAUUGGGUUUUCGUCGGUCGAGUCGGUAAGCUUGCUGCUGAUUACGAAUUGCAUCGGUCUCCCGGUCCGCCCGGUGGUAGGGUACGUGGCCAACAGAUACCUCGGACCCAUCAAUGUCUUCAUGAUGGCCACCGCGUCUGUAGGGACCAUGCUCUUUGUCUGGACGACCAUCACCACACGGACGAGCAUGUACGUGUUCAGCGUCUUUUACGGCCUGGCUGUGAGUGCCAACCAGAGCACCUAUGUUCCGUCCCUGGCGAGCCUGACGCAGGAUCCGCAAAAGAUGGGCAUCCGGUUCGGCAUGGUCGAGACGCUGUGCGCCUUUUCCACGCUUGCCGGGCCUCCUACCGCCGGAGCAAUCAUUGACCGGACGGGCAGCUAUGCCCUGGCUCAGAUUUGGGGCGGAUCAGUCAUGUUGGCCGCCGCGUUGACUCUUGCGGCAUCGCGAAUAUCUAUAACCGGGUGGCAGUGGAAGGUCUUGAUAUGA